AUUGCGUAAUAGGAGUGAUUGACAGCUCGUGAUUGACAGCAAGGGGCGGGCUUAAGUCUAUUUAUCCAGGUAGACACUGGUUUCCUGUCUCGCUUCCGUUUCCAUUGGGACCUGUUGUUUUGGUGUGAGGUUGGGCUGUGUUGGCCACCGAGAGGCCGCGGAUGAACUGCGAAGGUGAGCAUGUGUUCUGUUGUAUUUACCGGCAAUUGAGUUCUGUGACUUGGGAAUUAUAGCGACGCUUCCUUUUGCAGAGCGGCGUUACUCACCUGCCUUUGUGAUCGUUUGAAGCGCACUGUAACCUACGUGGCGCUUAGGAGCCAGGAGCUGGCUGAUAGGGUGAGUUUGGUCUCCAUCCUCUCGAUAAGAUGUCCUUCUGUUAUUGCUGCCCCCCUAAUACGAACCAUCUUGAUGUUUGUAGCCAGUUAGCCUGCUCGAGGUAAUUGGUGUGGCGUGGCGAUCCUUGGAAACGCUGUGCCGGUGACUCGCUUGUUUUAAGGUGCGUAUAAUGCCUGUCUGCUCUCUUAUCCGCUUCCUUACUCCAGUACGCAUUACUGAUAGCAACUUUUCUAUAUUUGUAGCUUUCAUCGGCGGCCCCUCCGGCAAGAACCAGCCAGUGUGUGGAACCCAUUGAGUGUAGUACGUCGGCAGCCUGGUGGUGAGAGGAACCCCUUGUGUGCGCACACAGUGAAAGAUAAGUAGUACUACAGAUCCUUAUAGGUUUAGUGAUCUCAGUGGUGCCCCAGGCUGCACGACCAGGUUCAUUCCUUUCUCUCUCUUACUUGCGCUCUCUCUCCCACUUGCGCUCUCUCUCUCUCUCUCUGUAUCUCUCUCUCUCUCUCUCUCUCUCUCUCUCUCUCUCUCUCUCUCUCUCUCUCUCUCUCUCUCUCGCUCUCUCGGGAGCCCUUCCCCCGCUACUGUGUACUGUGCCCGAUCGGGCUUUUUGCGACCUUGCACAUUGUUUUAAUAUUUUUGUCUUGCACAUUUGUACAACAAUAAAAGAGAAUUAUAUUUGGGAUCCCGUCUCUGUCCUGUGUAUUUCGAACUUGUGCUAAUUUAAGGUUUAGAUCUUUCCUGGAGGUAAAAUUGCCCUGCCUCUAGGUGGCGUAGUCGCUACAAACUCCUCCCCCUGCUACAUUUGGCGUAGGAUUCGGCAGGAUUUACACAUACUUAUUACAGAGACGUGGGUCCCAAUUUUGUUGUUGUACUGUGUGAAAUUAAGGUGCCAAACUCUGCUUGUGUGUUUUUGGUUGGGGUACCAGUAAUAGUGGGUUGUUGGGGGUUGCCCUGGUUUUUUUUGUUUUGUUUUGUUUUCUUCCUUUUUUUUGGACAGGCGAAACAGCGAAACAGCAGCCGGUGGACGGUCAAUAAGAAGGUAGGCGGUGACGUUUAGGACAGUUGUCCCUUUAUUCCCUUAGCAGUGUGUGUGAUACUGUGGUAAUGGAAGCGGAAUUACAGGAAUUGAGAAAUCAAUUGGAGCAGUUGAGGGCGGAUAAUGAAAGACUCCGCCAAGAACGGAUUCCUGCGAGUGCUGGUACAGUGACCCAAGAGGCAGUCACGCCAUCGCCUUCUGCUACGGGCAGUGCAUCGACAUCAGAAAGGUUGGUUUUUGUUCCACGGGAUAAAAAAUGUCCAAUGUUUAGGGGGAAAACUGGCAUUGACUUGAACGAAUGGAUUGAUGAGGCACAGGCCUGUAUGAGCGUGAGACGUUUGGCUAGGGCCGACCAAGCCUUCUUUCUCUAUGACCAUCUAGAAGGGGAGGCCCGAGAGGAACUCAAAUACCGUCCAACCGAUCGUGCUGACCCAGACAGGAUCAUAGCAGUGUUGAAGGAAGUGUAUGGUUGUUCAGACUCGUAUGUGGCUUUGCAAGAGGCGUUCUUUUCUAGGAAGCAACAAGAAGGGGAGACUUUGCAGGAGUUUUCACUUGCCCUAAUGAGCCUAAUGUCGAAAGUGAAGGAACGGGCGCCUAGCAACAUGACUAACACAGAAACACUAUUGAGAGACCAGUUUGUAGAAUAUGUUCUCGAUGGCGCUCUCCGGCGCGAACUGAAGCAGAAGGUGCGUCGGGAGCCUGCGUCUACCCUGUUGGAAGUGCGGACCGAAGCGAUUCGUUGGGAACGGGAGGGUCUACCCGGUGGGGCACGGGGUCGUAGCCUGUCAGUCCCCUCUGCGUUUGGGAUUCAGUAUGGGGUCCAUGGCAACCCUCCUCGCGGGCCGGAUAGGUCUCAGUCCACCGAAGUGAGUGAACUGAAGGAACUGCUUAAGGUCCAGCAGGAGCAGCUGAAGUGUCAACAACAACAGCUACAGCAGCUCAACGAAGGCCUCACCCUCCUACAGAAUUCAAUGCCACGAUCUCGAUCCCCCCGCGAUGGUCCGUUGAUCUGUAGACGCUGCCAGCAACACGGACACUUUGCCAGAGACUGCACCGUUCCUCUUCCGUUUUCUCGCUUCCAGCCUUCUGGCCCUACACCUCCACCUGCAGCCCGGAACUCCAGCUCCACUCCGCAUUCGGGAAACUAGCGCCCACCGGACUUCAGGGCCACAGUUCGGUUGGGGCCGCUAUUGGCUCACGGGAUUUGGGGAGGGUUUCAACUUUAAUGUCUUCAUGUCCGCAUCUUGAUGUGCUUGUGGGUGGGGUCAAAGUGCCCUGCCUGGUAGAUACCGGCUCCAUGGUGUCGACCUUGAGGGAAAGCUUUUUCCUGCAGCAUUUUGCAUCUUGGGGCAAUGAGCGCCUCAAGUCUUGUCAUUGGUUACAGUUGAGGGCAGCCAAUGGGUUGGCCAUUCCCUAUGUGGGUUACUUAGAGCUUGACAUUGAGCUCUGCGGAAAGGUCAUGCCACAAUGUGGGGUGUUGGUGGUGCGAGAUCCACCAGGCGGUCUUUCCCCAAAAGUCCCGGGUGUCCUUGGGAUGAAUGUGAUCCGGAAAUGCUACCAGGAGCUUUUUGGAAACCAUGGCCUUGCUCUCUUUGACCUUCCUGAGGUGUCCACAGCCCCCUCCUCGG